UGCCAACCACCGUAAAACAAGAAGAAGAAGAAGAAGAACUUUCCUUUCCAGUGGAGCGACCGGUGUGAGGAGACAGCACGGGAGAGAUACCACGUUGGCCAAAGGCUAAAAACACACUCAAAGAUGCCCCCCAAAAAGGCAGAAGCUCCGAAACAGCCUCCAUUAAUUGGACGUUUUGGAACCUCUCUGAAAAUUGGAAUUGUGGGAUUACCUAAUGUGGGGAAAUCCACGUUUUUCAACGUACUGACCAAAAGCCAAGCCGCUGCUGAGAACUUUCCAUUCUGCACCAUUGACCCAAACGAGAGCAGGGUACCUGUUCCUGAUGAACGCUUUGAUUUCCUUUGCCAGUACCACAAACCGGCCAGUAAGGUUCCAGCGUUCUUAAACGUUGUUGACAUCGCGGGUCUGGUGAAGGGGGCUCACUCGGGACAGGGUCUGGGAAAUGCUUUCCUGUCCCACAUCAGUGCCUGCGACGGCAUCUUCCACAUGACGCGUGCAUUUGAUGAUGAAGAUAUUAUUCAUGUGGAGGGCAAUGUUGACCCUGUAAGAGACAUUGAGAUCAUCCAUGAGGAGCUGAGGUUGAAGGACGAAGAAAUGAUCGCCCCAAUCAUCGACAAGCUGGAGAAAACUGCAGUCAGAGGAGGGGACAAAAAACUCAAACCUGAAUAUGAUAUCAUGCUGAAGAUAAAGAACUGGGUAGUGGAAGAGAAAAAACACAUCAGGUUUUACCACGAUUGGAAUGACAAAGAGAUUGAUGUGCUGAAUAAAUACUUGUUUCUGACUUCCAAGCCCAUGAUCUACUUGGUGAAUCUCUCAGAGAAGGAUUACAUCAGGAAAAAGAACAAGUGGUUAGCUAAAAUAAAGGAGUGGGUGGAUGCCCACGACCCUGGGGCUCUGGUCAUUCCACUGAGCGGAGCUGUGGAGUCCAAACUGUUUGACAUGGAGGAGGAGGACAGGAAUAAAUACUGUGAGGAGCAGAAAACACAGAGUGUGCUGACCAAAAUUAUAAAGACUGGCUAUGCAGCACUACAGCUGGAGUACUUUUUCACAGCGGGACCAGAUGAGGUGCGAGCGUGGACCAUCAGGAAAGGAACCAAGGCUCCUCAAGCUGCAGGAAAAAUCCACACUGACUUUGAGAAAGGCUUCAUCAUGGCCGAGGUGAUGAAGUACAGUGACUUCCAAGAGGAGGGCAGUGAAAGUGCAGUCAAGGCUGCCGGGAAAUACAGACAACAGGGCAGGAACUACACCGUGGAGGAUGGGGACAUUAUCUUUUUCAAAUUCAACACACCCAACGCACCCAAAAAGAAAUAAUUAGAGCACCCCAUCACCAGAGGGCGAGCUCAGAAUACAGUUCAGUCAAGCCAAGCGCUACACUGUCUGCUGCUUUUCAUUUUUACCUUUUUAAUUCAGUGGAAAAAGACACUGUCUGGGCGAAGAACCUGGACUCCAGAUCUGGAACAGACCUAAUCGAGGGCUCUAUACACACCCAAGCAUACAUUCCUAUUUGUAACAACAAAAUCAGCACAGUAUAUUUUAUUGUAUGUUGAUCUUGAUUUUUUUUUUUUUUUUUUUAAUUUACUGGAAUAACGUAAUUAGUGUAGAAAUGGGCACAAUUUUACCGUUAGUGUUAGCACUGCUGAUUUGUCAUUCCCAUGAGAUAUCAGCUUGCUUUCCAUAUCAGUAUCAAACAAUGAGUUCAGUUUCUUUUUUUUUUAUUUCUUUUUUUUUUUUUUUUUAGAAAAAUAAAAAUUGGCUGAAUUUAUUUAUGCUUUCUGCUUAAUCACACAUUCUUAAUUUAAAGCUGCAGUAUGCAACUUAAAUUGAUUUAUAUUAUUUUUGAUAAACCUAAACAUAAGUUGUUUUGGAGAGUUGCUGCCAGGAGCUUCUGUAAAUUUCAACAUAAGCUACCGUUCUGCUUUACUAAUAUUUUAGUAGCAUUGUUACAUUACAUGAAUGUAACAGCAGGAACUGUUUUUACUCACGUCUCAGAAACAAGCAGGAUUUUUUUCCUCUGAAGUGUAGUAAAAAUGUGAUAUUAAAUGAGAAACAUGUUAAUAUAAAAAUCUUUUGUUCUCUCUUGAAGCUUUGUAGCAGGGAGCAGAAUGUACAGAUCUAGAGCCUAAUUCUGGCACUUGUUUAUCAGAUGUUGCAUAUUGGAGCUUUAAUUAAGAUAGCCAAAAUGACUAGAUAUUUACCAAAAGUGCUUGAGUGUGCACUGUAAAGGAAAAGUGAAAGCCAUCAGUCAGUGUUUCACAGUCCAGGACCACACUGUGUUCUGAGGUGUAGGGACAUUAUUAUUUCAUAAGGUGCAAAGCAGGCAUCAUUGACAGUGCCUGCAGACAUGUGAAUGGAGAAUGUUGCCAAUGUACACAUUGCUUUUACUGACUUAUUUUUGGGUGGGGAAAAAAAAAUUACAAAAUUCCUCCUUCUGGACUCAACUUUGCUUAACACCAUGUUUCAUUGUAAUUGGGAUCACUGCUUAUGUGGGCAGGACUGUACAACUUCAAAAUGAAGUUACCAUUCAUCACUGCCUCUACAGCAUUUUUUUUUUUCUUCCAGAAUAGUUUUCUAUCCCCUUCAAUGCAUAAUUUGCUGAAUCCUUCUGUCUUUGUAAUCCAGAAAUAAACAUCUGAGAAACGGGGUAUGUGAUGCUACUGGAAGGAGAAAUAGAUCUAAUACACAUCACUCUCGACAGUAUGCAUGUGUCAAUAAAAAGAAACAACUGUC